CGGUGCCCUUUGCCCGGGGCCCCCUGCAGGCACCAUGCACAGCCCCAGCCUCGCCUCCACCUCCCCUGUCCCGGACGACGUUAGGAACCUGUUGGCAGACCUUGAAAUAUUCAUAGGUGAUACUCUGAGAGGAGAAAAUUUAUCCAAGAAAGCAAAAGAAAAGAAAGAAUACUUGAUUAAGAAGAUAAAAGAUGUAAAGCUUACUUACUCCCAAGAAUUCCAGGAAAAAGGUGAAACAGAAGAUGGAGAAGACUGUGAUGAUCCUUUUCCUGGGCCUCCGGAUAAUCUCUCAAUGACAUCAGACCGAUACGAUAAAGAGGAUGAAACACCCUCUGAUGGAAACCAGUUCCCUCCCAUUGCGGCUCAGGACCUUCCCUUUGUCCUAAAGGCUGGCUACCUUGAAAAACGCAGGAAAGAUCACAGCUUCCUUGGAUUUGAGUGGCAAAAGCGCUGGUGUGCUCUCAGUAAAACGGUUUUCUAUUACUAUGGAAGCGAUAAAGACAAACAACAGAAAGGUGAAUUUGCUAUAGAUGGAUACACCGCCAGAAUGAAUAAUACCCUGAGGAAGGAUGGAAAGAAAGAUUGCUGUUUUGAAAUCUGUGCUCCUGAUAAACGCAUCUAUCAGUUUACGGCAGCUACUCCCAAAGAUGCUGAGGAAUGGGUACAGCAAUUGAAGUUUGUGUUACAAGACAUGGAAUCUGAUAUCAUUCCAGAGGACGAUGAUGAAAGAGGUGAAUUAUAUGAUGAUGUGGAUCAUCCUCCUCCAAUCAGUAGUCCACCAAAACGCAACCAACCAAUAGAUGAUGAAAUUUAUGAAGAACUUCCAGAGGAGGAGGAAGACAAUGCUCCCCUGAAGGUGGAAGAACCAAGGAAGAUAAACCAAGAAAAUGUGAGCCACUCUUCAGGAGAUAAAAACACUGAUUAUGCUAAUUUCUACCAAGGUUUGUGGGACUGCACUGGAGCUGUUCCUGAUGAGUUGUCAUUUAAACGGGGUGACAUUAUCUACAUUCUCAGCAAGGACUACAAUAGAUUUGGCUGGUGGGUAGGAGAAAUGAAAGGAACCAUUGGCUUGGUGCCUAAAGCCUACAUAAUGGAGAUGUAUGAUAUUUGAGAGUCCUGGGAAAAUCCUACAGUUUCAGCUGAAGAACAGGAAGGAGAAAUGCAGCUCACUCUUUCUGCCUGCAGAAGGGGAAUAGUCUACUCUGUCAGCAGAUGCUGAGGAUUUAGUAAGAUCAUCAUCGCCACAUGAGUGACAGCAUCUAACCUUUCUUUUCUUUGGUUUGCUGUGCAUCGUCAAUAUUUUCCUUCAAUCGUUCAUCUUUAACUGUCAUUGUAUGCAGUUGCUCAUUACUAUGUUCCCGUGAUAUGAAAUUAAAUGAUAGGUAUUAAUAUUAAUAAGGCACAAGAAGAAAAGUUAUACCUGUUGCUAUUUUGCAUAAUAAAGAUUAGAGGUGGCUUUUAUUUAUUAUCUGACAUACAUAAGUGGAUCAGUUUUUUUUUUGUUUAGAUGUCGACUUCCGCAGCACCAUUUCACGAAGAGUGGCAAUGGAUGGUAAAAUCUAUUAAUCCACGCUGUAUUCAUUUUUGUGAAUGUAAUGUGUAAUCCCAUUGAAACUUCAAUUUAAUCUAUCUAAAUGAUACAGAUUUUUAGGCAGACACCAUGCAUCUAAGAGAAUGUGUUUGCAUUGAAGCCCUGUGAAUGAUUUAUUUUAGUAUUUAUCUUACACGCAGUGGUGACAUUUUAUCAUGAAAGAAUUUAUGCUUUUUAAAGGCAAAUUUACAUCAUGUUAAAUGUGGCCACAAGAGGAAAAAAACACCGGAAUUGAAAAUGGCAAUAUACUGUCGGCAUUUACAAGAUGUGUUGCUGAAUAAGGACGCAAAGCAUUCUGUCAGUAAAGCAAUCUGGUUAUCUGUAAUGGGACUGCUGAAAUGUUGGUGCCAAUAGCGUUAUUUUCAUUUUGUUCAUUCAAACCAUUAAAGCCUCCAUUCUCAUCACA